GCAGGCGUUUAUAAAGGGGAGGGGGCUGGGAAAAGAAGUCCCAGGUCGGGGGGGUGCACUUGGAUUGGCUUUGGAGUGAGGGGGGAGCUCAGGGAGGAGGCCUCAGUUCAGCCAUGAUACCCUUGAGGUUUGUAAUUUUCUAGAGAGGUUGGUAGGGACCUCUUAGGGACUAGUAUCUUGAAAAUAAAAAUUGGGGAGUGGAGCCAAAGCCUUCAGGCCUACUGAGUAAUCCUGAAGGUCAAGGAUGGGGAAGAUGGGUAGUGAGAUGGCUGCAGGUUUUGCUGGGAAAACGGGCUUGGUAGGAGGGCAGAGUACUCUUAGGGACUAGGAACUUGGUUGGAGGAAAGAGGAAGGAAGGAAGGAAGGGAAGGGAGAGAGAGACAUCAGGGCAUGGAUGGAGCAGACUUGAAAGUAGUAGGGAAAUUCAGAGGGCUGGAUCCACGUUUAGGUCCAAACUGGGUUUAGAUUCAGGUGAGGGUCUCAUCAUGGCUCAUAGGGAAGCCUGGCCCCGGUUUUAAUUUCUGGAGCAUUGCAGAGGCUGAGCCCCGGAAGGAAAAGGGCCACUUGGCUUGGUGGCCUCAAGAGUUAGUGGCCACUCUCGUCUGGGGCUGGCGGCUUUGCUCCCCCUCGGAGGCCAGGCAGGAAAUCCAGGUUGGAUGCCACCAGCAGCCCAACAUGCUGGGAGCCAUCGUGGCUUGCUUUGAUGGGCGGAAAACCCCCAGUUGCCCGAGAGAGUGAAUCCCAGGAGUGUAUUGUAUUUGCUUGGGGGUAUGUUUGUUAGAGAGGCGUGCCUCAGGAUAAAUCAAUCCAGGUAGCCUAUUUAUUUAUUCAUUUAUUUAUUACUUGGGUUUCUUACUGGAACGCGCCCUGGGGCAACAGAGGCAGGAUGCCGUUGAACCCCAGAAUCGAUCCCCGCUACUUCGUGCUGAUCAAGCCCUUGCCCAUCCCUGCCCAGAAAGGUAUGAAGAUUCAGGCUCGGAGCAAAACGGUCUACAACUGCUGGGAUGUCCCGAGAGAGCAAGUCUUUCAAGAGAACUAUCAUCGGAGGGCCAAACAGCUCGCGCAGCAGGGGUAUUUUACCCCCUGCUGGAAACCCUAUCAGGAUUUUGGAGACCCCCUUUACCUCGAUCCCAGGAAACUCACGCUCUACGGCCUGGGACAGCUGCCUCCCGAAGUCUCCAAAGAGGAGGCCGCUGUGGAAGAAAUCGCCGAACCGGUGGAAACAGAGCUUUCCAAGAAGUCAAAACCAAAGAUCCAGGAACAGGAAAAGAAACUUCUGCCUUUCAGACAUGUAGAGAAGGACUUGAGGACCCUCCACAGAGACCUUGUGCACAUGAGGCAUUUGAUCCACUCCGUGAAGAUUGGGCGUGGGUAUUUCCAUAGUCUUCACCGAGAAUCCAUUGAGAGGAAGAAUGCGCUCAAGCUGGAAGAGCGGAGGGAAGAAGAAAGGAGGAGGACAGAGUUUCAGCCCCCUCGCUACCCAUCCUCAUCCUCUGAAGAAAACUCAGAAGAUGAACCUGAUUUCUUCUUAACAGGAAGCUCCUUUCUGAGCCACGUUGAACAGAAGAAGAAGAAGAAGAAAAUGGCCCGACCUUUCACCCCCAUCCAUAAUGGCUUGCUGUCGGAAAAGCAUCCAGAUGCACAUUUCGACUCCAUAUUCCGGCAGCUCUGCGCCCUCAACUGGCUCUUGGAAGCGUUGACCCUGGACCCCAACAGCAGCAUGAAGCCGUUGAUCGCCUGCUGGAACGCCAAGGACUACGGUGGCGGAAAAAGUUGCAUGAAAGCUGUCAAUAAAGAGAAGGCAGUGAAGAGUCGAUGGGACCAUUUUAUUCUGCAUGCAAAGGGCAGAAGAUAUACCCAGAGGCAGAUUCGUGGUCCAUCCAGCAAAAGGUCACCUAAGAUGACAGGGAGCAUGUCCAAGAUCAGUGGGUUGUCCUCCCCACAUAGUAAAACCACCUUGGCCAGCACCAGCUCCUUGACCCCUGGCUCUGAUGAAGCAGCCCAACCUGCCUCUGACAGUGUCAAGGAGGUGGAAGAGAUGGAGUCCAGCUACAGCAAGCAGACCAGGGAGGAAGAAGAACACCUCAGCUACUACCUGCAGACGUUACUUCAGAUGAUACACGAAGACGUGGCUAAGAAUUUUAGUAAAGAAAAUUUGUUUUGGAGUACAAAACCACAUUAUCCACACACCACAUCGAGGUCCAUUCCAGACAGUGAAAUAUCAUUUGGACAAAAGGGCAAAAGCUCAGCGUCAUCUUCAAAGGAUGAUAAAACCAGCACAGGAAUAACCAAAGAAGUAUCAGGGAACCCGGUGGAGCCCAAGCGAAAGAGUUCACUGGCCGUGACCCUGAGAGAAGAUAAAACCACCACCGCAACUUUUAUGGAGGACGACAGCUCACAGGUUUGCAGGCCUCAAAGCUCUUUCAUUAGGAGGAAGCAGCAACUGUGCACUGAGAUGAGAGAAUUGUUUUUUGAGGUGUCCCAAGAAAGCGCUUUCAGGUUGCACGACCAGCUCGACAUCCUGGAGAAGAGGCGAGAGGAGAAGAACAUUCAGAAAUUUCUGUGCCUGAACUAUUUUACACGGUUACGGAAAGACCUUGAGAGGAUGAAACAGUCCGUUGUGGGCAGAGAACCCGAACAAGAUGCAGAGGAAGAAAACUGGUUUUCAACUCUGCUGGUCAGGAUUCCUGAUGACAUUAAGAGAGACCGCCGUACCCAGAAAGUCCUCAAGAAGCUGGAAAGGUUCGCCAGGAAUCCAGACCUACGUAUCCGGCCUCCCACUUUUUUGAAGGUGUUGGGAGAACUUCGGAUCUGGGAAAUUUGCUCACCAGACAUCUGUGCAGCUGUGGAGUUCCUGCGUGAAUAUAUCGUGGAUAUGCCUGAAGACGACUACAAGCAAUGGCUGCACGCUCGGGUGCCAUUCCCCAAACGAGCCCACAGUGCCCCUCCUCUGUGAGGAGGCGGCACCAGGCGGCUCCUGUCCAAAGGCCUUAAUGGGGGAUCCACUUUGUGAAAGAAAUGGUCAGUGGGGUUCACCAAGAGAUCACAUCCUGGUGAAUGCCAAAGGACCCAACGGGAAGGCUAGAAAAUGCUCAUUCUCCAAAGUUUGUUUAGAACCACAGUGCACCCAUUUUGGUUGCAGGUUCAGAAACAAGAGAAUUGAACAGCCAAAGCCAUUUUAACCUUACAAUAUUAUUCUGCUUUUUAAACGUUUGGUUUUAUGUUGCAUUGGAUUUAAAAAUUAAUCUAAGGGGAGAGGGGAAUGUUACAUGGAUAAUUGGCCCUGUUCCAGUCUGUGGGGACAGCAGAUUCCUUUCCUUGUGGUGAUCAGCUCCCUUCACUCAACAUGUAGGUCUUCGGGUUCGUCUGUUCUGAUUUUUGCUUGUUGUGUUUGUUUCUCAUUCAGAAUUUAAUUUUGAUGAAUUAAAAUCACUAU